CUUCCAUCCAACAUGACCCUGCUCCGCAAGGUGAAAUGAAGUCUAACACAGGGUUCCUCUCUCUCUCUGAAGAACUCCAGUUCUACAUUCUAUAUUUCCUUCCCUACCGAGAUAUUAUUCGUUGCACGUCUGUAUGUAAGGCCCUUCGCCAGACAUAUGUGUCCUCCUCCGAGCUUCAGUACACCGUUGAACUCGGCGGCCAACAUUUGAUUCCCAUCUCCAAUACGGACUCAGACAACCACACACCUGUUUCCGAGCGCUUACAAUACUUGAGGGACAGGGCUCACGCUUGGUUCAGAGUCGACAUCCACUCUGCCAAAACAAUUUCUAUACCAAAGCCUUCCUAUGUGGACAGUUUCAUAGCCGAUGGACAUAUUUACUGGUGGAACGAAGAAGAUGACACGGCCACGAUCAAACCAAUACUCCCAAAGCCCUUACAACAAACAAUCGAGCGUAACUGGUCUCCAGGAACAUUAUGUACAGUUACAAACUCAGCCAUCAUCCGUGUGUUGAUGGACCCAGCACAGAACCUGAUCGCCAUCGUCUGUGUUGAUGACGAGACACUCUUCGUCAGCCUUAGAGCCCUGGAUGACGAUAGUUUUCACCCCCAAGCUGCUGGACCAACAUUGUCUCUGUCGGAGCUUCCCGGAUACGACAACGAGGUGGAUUCCGAGGGUAUCGAGCUCAAGGUUAUGGGGAGGCAUAUCGCUUUGCAGCGUGCUGCUUCGUACCAUUGGACGUGGCAGCUGCAGAUUUGGGACUGGCAGCACUCAACGACAUCAGAUAGUGUCCUCAGCGAGGAUUAUUCACACGAGAUUGAUUUUUGUUUCCUCGGGAACGAUAGAUUGCUCGUUGUCACUGACAAUUUGAAACUCUAUUCAAUCGAGGACAUCGUCUUUGUGUCCGUUCAACCGCUGAGAGCAUGUCUCCUUCCGGCCGACGGUAUUGCGUGUAGCUCAAAACCGCGGAUGCAAGCCCAACCUAUGAUGUACACCUCAGAUCCUAAACACCGACUACUCUGCAUUACCGCGCACACGCAUACGUCGUCUACCGUCUACAUCAUUUCUACUAGGAUUUUCUUCGAUCUUGCCGAAACGGCAGUAGCAAUGCCAAUACCGUGGAAAUGCUGGGGUCCUUCAAACACUCGUAUUUUCCAGUGCCCACUGGAACACAAAGUUCACGUUAGCGGGAAUCGGGUUCUGCAGACAUUCCCGGUCAGCACGUCGGACUCGGGCCCUAACGAAUAUGUGUUACAUCUGAUGGACUUCAGCCCGCUAGCUGUAACAAACAGGCGGGGUCUAGGACAAGUGGCGACAAAGCCAUCUACAUUAAACGUCGCUGAUCUAGAGUGUAUGCAUGACAGUUGUGAGGAGCACUUGACGACCUUCCUGCCUUACGUCGAAGUCGUAUUGGACAGGAAGUUCGCUAUCAGCGAUUUGGAGAACAUAUGGAUAGAUAAGGAUAGGAUUUAUUUGCUCUCGGACAAGCUCGAGGUCAUUGACGUUUAGAACGGCCCAUGAUAGAUCGUCAACAUUGUUUAGACUGUAAUACCUAUGUGCUAGAAGGAAUGACUAUCUUCGUCUAUACCUGUCUAGGGCAGACCAUAGUCUAUAUGUCACUCAUGUGGAUAUCGGAUUUCCCUGGGAUCAUGCCUUGUUGCGUUUUCCAGUCCACCCGGCUCAUUUACACGGAAUGCCCUGAUAGAUGGGUCUAAGGCGGUACAUAGGGUCUAAAGGUUAAGUAUUGAAGCCUGUCGAUGAUCUAUCUUCAUAACCGGUUACUAAUUGUCCGCUCUAAACAUCGAUGACCUCAAGCGUGGUCAACGUACGCAUCCAAUCUGUGUUGAGUAAGUAAAUUCUAUCCUUAUCGAUCCACAUGGCUUUUAACUUGUCAAAACUGAACUUCCGGUCAGAUACGAC